AUGCCUUCGUUCACUGAGGACCAUGCCAAUCCGGAACCUGAAGUAGCAGACUCUGCAGCUUUUCCAGGAACGGGAUUGGAUAUAUCUUCGCUGCAAAGGGCCUUGACAAACGCGACUGGCUCUGCUUCAUCGCCCGAUGGACCAUCCUUGAAACAAUACCGAGCCCCUGUCGCGAAAGCCAAUGCGCGCCCACCUUCUACAUCAAUGCCUUCUGCUGUGACUCCUCAGUCUGCUCGGUCGAACUUUCACGCUGAGACGAGGACUCUCGAGGAUAGUGAGCAGCCGAUGAAGCCGGACGAGGAUCCCCAGAUUGGCUUGUUCCACCAGGUGUAUGAUUGGUUACAACACGAGAAGAAACGAAGAAUGGCCCGAAAGGCGCGGCGUGCUGAGGCCGUCUCUGAACACACAAGUGCUAUCUCUGAGAAUGAAGAACACCCCGCAGAAGGCCAACGUUGUUCGGAGAGCACAUUCUCGCUUGGGGAGUUGGAGAAGAUCUUGGCGCAAUACGCAGGGCCCCAAAAUUUACAUGGUCUAGCAUCUCACCUCCCAUUUAAGCGCCUAGCCCGCCGGCGCCCUAAGGGUCUACGUCGAGGCUCAGCCUCUGAUUCCGAUGUCACGGAUGUCGAGGCGCUGGUGCCAAAUGUGGAAGCUUACCUGGACAAUUCGAAGACUCUCGCCUAUAUCGCAAAUGGCGCGGUAGACGAGGAUGCUCCUGACAGUGGCUCUAUCAGGCGAUCCAAAGACCGAGAGGCGUGGACCAUAUUCAAGACUGAAAUUGUACGCCUUGCGCAUACUCUCCAGCUCCGAGGUUGGCGCAAAAUGUCAAUGGAGAACGCCGAUGACGUUGAAGUCACUCGGCUUAGUGGUGCCCUUACCAACGCCGUUUAUGUGGUCGCGCCUCCCAAGCCUACCCACAGGACCGAAAAUGGCUCUACAACCGUAACCUCGAGGAGGCCCCCACCGAAGCUUUUGCUGCGGAUUUAUGGUCCCCAGGUAGACCAUUUGAUUGAUCGAGAGAAUGAACUGUCAAUUCUCCGUCGCUUGGGCCGCAAGAACAUUGGCCCUCGUGUCCUCGGAACUUUCUUGAAUGGUCGAUUCGAAGAAUACUUUGAAGCCCGGCCUCUCACGCCAAAGGAGCUGCGAAUUCCACAGACAAGUAAGCAGAUCGCCAAGCGUAUGCGAGAAUUACACGAUGGUAUGGAACUCCUUGACGAAGAACGUGAUGGUGGACCGAUGAUCUUUAAGAAUUGGGACAAGUGGGUCGAUCGAUGUGAACAAGUUACCACUUGGUUGGACAAAGAGGUUGAAUCCCCGGAAAAUCAAAGCAAGGCCGAGAUAGAACCUUGGCGCCGUCGCGGCUUUGUUUGUGGUGUGCCAUGGGCAGCGUUCCGUAAGGCCGUGGACCACUAUCGCUCUUGGCUUAUCGCUAGUUGCGGUGGACUGGACGAGAUAAAGCGACAGCUUGUUUUCGCGCACAACGAUACUCAAUACGGCAAUCUUCUUCGCAUGGAACCAGCCACCGAGUCCCCUCUUCUCCUACCUGCCAACUCUCACAAGCAACUCGUGGUCAUUGACUUUGAAUACUCGUCUGCGAAUACCGCCGGUCUUGAAUUCGCAAACCACUUUACUGAGUGGUGUUACAACUACCACGACGAAGAGCUAUCUUGGGCCUGCAACAACCGCCUUUACCCAACACCCGAAGACCAGCGCCGCUUUGUCAUGACAUACCUCACUCAUCGCCCCGCCAUUACAGGCGGUGUUACCUCACCCUUGGCCACGCCGGCAAUGCGCGGUGGCACUGGUAGUGCUGUCACACCCUUCACCUUGGAUGAUGGCCCUGAUUCUUCCAACUGGUCGCAAGAACAGAAGUCUCUUGAGGAAGACUUCGAAGCUGAGGUACAACGACUAAUGCACCAGACCCGACUCUGGCGUGCCAUGAACUCGGCCCAAUGGGUCGCAUGGGGUAUCGUGCAAGCCAAGGCACCGGGUAUGGAAGAAGGCAUUGCUGAAAUGUUGGCUACCACUUCCAACAACAGUGAGAAUGGCCAUCAAGGCCAAUGCGAGAUUAAGACACCUUCAGUCGAUGCUGAUGUCGACGAGGAAGACGGUUUCGACUACCUGGCCUACGCGCAGGAUCGAGCCUUGUUCUUCUGGUCUGACCUGUUGGCACUCGGCCUGAUCAACCCUGACGAACUCCCGGCAGCUAUGGUUGAACAUAUUCGAGCCCGGGCCGUUGAAUACUGA